UUGCCUUUUGAUGGCAGUUCCGCAGCUCACCCUGUUCUGGACUGUGUGUCUGCUGCCAGGCCACCUGGCCCUGCCACUGUCCCGAGAGGCUGGAGAUGUGAGCUCACUGCAGUGGGAACAGGCCCAGAAUUAUCUUAGGAAAUUCUACCUUCACGACUCUAAAAGAAAGGAAGGCAACGGCAACAGCCUAGUGAUCAAACUCAAGGAAAUGCAGAAAUUCUUUGGCCUGCCCAUGACUGGAAAGCUGUCCCCCCGUACCGUGGAAAUAAUGCAGAAACCCAGAUGUGGUGUGCCAGAUGUUGCGAAAUUCUCACUAAUGCCAGGCAGUCCAAAAUGGCAAUCCAGAAAAGUCACCUUCAGAAUCAUGUCCUACCCUUCAGACUUACCACGUCUCACGGUGGAUCAAAUCGUGGCAAAGGCUCUCAGAAUGUGGAGUGAGCAGAUCCCACUGAAUUUCAGGAGGGUGAGGUGGGGGACUGCGGACAUCAUGAUUGGCUUCGCAACGGGAGAUCACGGAGACAGCUUCCCAUUUGAUGGGCCCGGAAACACUCUAGGUCAUGCCUUUGCGCCUGGGCCAGGCCUGGGAGGAGAUGCCCAUUUUGACGGGGAUGAACAAUGGACUGACGGUGAUGGUGAUGGAGUGAACUUCCUGUAUGCUGCCACCCACGAAUUCGGCCAUUCUCUGGGUCUGAGUCACUCUUCUGUUCCUGAGUCUGUGAUGUACCCUACCUAUGAAAACGGCCACCCAAAAGACUUCGGGCUUACCGAAGAUGACAUUGAAGGCAUUCAGAAGUUAUAUGGUAAGAACUCAUGGCUCUCGAGAAGAUUAUGUCAGACUUGA